AGCGUGCGCAUUUGGGCUGACGAAGUGAAGUGAGUGAAGUCUUAAGUAUUGACAGCAGAAGACAGUUUGAAGAGCUGGGAGUUUUCAACUAAUUAAAUGGCAGGGACAAAGCAUCAAGGAGGAGAACAGAUUGCUUUGAAAAUAAUUCACAUGACUUGUAUUUCAGAUUAACUCUAUUUAAGAAUUGCUAUUUUUUUACUUUAAUAGUUUACAAAUGUUCCUGUUUUCUUAUUUUGAACUUAGCAUAUAGAUUAAUAUCACCGGGCAUUGCUUAUGAUAACCCUACGGCUAUACAUAUAAAUUACACUGUUGUAAUACAGUUUAUUGAUAUUUCUGUCCGUCCAUUAUAAAAAUAAAAAAAAAAUGUAUUUGAUGAUUUUUUUAAAAGAGCCAUUGGUUUUAUGUAAAUGUGCAGUGCAGUACACAAUAUAAUCCAUCAUUCUAGUUAAAAAUUCAAAGAAAGAAAAAGAACACAAAUGUUCAAAUGACUGCAAAUAUUCCCACCAAGGAAUAACUUUAAAUUAGUGUCAAAACUCACUGGAUUUUACUAAACUUUACCGAAAAAUAAUAUGGGCUUUUCAAGAAGCUUGUUAAACCACAUUUGCUGAUGAAGUUAAAACGCUGUUUGUGUAGAUAAGGUGUGGAGGAGUAUUAAAAUGAUGAGAUCUGGCCAGCAGUACCAACAACGUUCAGAAUGGCCAGGGAAGACUCGGUGAAGUGCCUGCGCUGCCUGCUCUACGCUCUCAAUUUACUCUUCUGGUUGAUGUCGGUCUGUGUUUUGGGUGUGUCUGCCUGGAUGAGGGUUUACCUGAACAAUGUGUUUAUUUUAACCGCGGACACCAGGCUGGAGGAAGCAGUGAUUCAGACCUAUUCCCCAGUGGUCCAUCCAGUGAUGAUUGCUGUGUGCUGUUUUCUAAUCAUAGUGGGGAUGCUUGGUUAUUGUGGAACAGUGAAAGGGAAUCCACUGCUACUUUCUUGGUACUUUGGAAGUUUAUUGGUGAUAUUUUGUGUGGAGCUGGCCAGUGGUGUGUGGACCUACGAAGAAAAAAUGGUCCCUGUUCAAAGGUCUGAUAUGAUCAGUUUGAAAUCUAGAAUGCCCAAUUAUGGUUUGUCAAGAUUCCAGUGGCUAACCCAUGCCUGGAACUUCUUUCAGAAAGAGUUCAAGUGCUGUGGUGUGAUGUACUUCACUGACUGGCUGGAAGUAACAGAGAUGGAGUGGCCCCCUGACUCAUGCUGUGUUCGAGAGUUCCCCGGAUGUGCCAGGCAGGCGCACUAUGAAGACCUGAGCGACCUCUACCAAGAGGGUUGUGGUCCAAAAAUGUAUAGUUUCAUAAGAGGCACAAAACAGCUCCAAGUCUUGAGGUUCCUGGGUGUUUCUAUAGGAGUUUCUCAGAUCCUCGCCAUGAUUCUCACAGUUACUUUGCUCUGGGCCCUCUACUAUGACAGAAGAGCUCCAAGGCCUGAUCAGUUGAUGACCUUGAAUAAUGAUACCUCCCAGCACCUGCCAUGUCAUUCAGGGGAACUGCUGAAAUCCAGCUCAACCAGGACCUUUGAACAUACAGCUAACAAUGUCAACACAGAGUUUGAGAUGGAACAGUUUUAACUGAAAAUUAUAUUAUUGCUGUGAAAGUCUUAUUUUUUUGUAUAGACAGAGGAAUAAAUAACUUUCAUUGAGUCUUAACCCGAUUCCGAUGUGUGGCAAGAAGGCUUGCAGGUGAUGUCAGACCAGAGAGGAGACAGACACAGUACUGGGGUAUGGAAGCGCUGAUGCACAUGUUUUAAUAAUAAAUAACAUUUUUAAACAAAAACAAAACACUUAACAAGCAAAACGGCACGGUGGCCAAGACAAAACAGACUAAACAGACACGGAACAAACAAGUAUCGUGCUGGUGUAAAGCCAGCACGGGUAGCAAUUCUUAUUUGGAUUUGAGCUUUUCUUUUUAUCUCACGACUCACGUCUCGUUCCGCCUCUGAACACACUAACCAAGUUCAGCCAAAGCUGCGGGUUUUUAUAUUGUGGGCGAGGGAAUAAUGGGCUAUUAAUUAAGUUGAAUGAUAUUUAGUCUCGCUUCGUUACUGCUCUUUGAAUGCCUAGUGUGGCCCUGGGAAGAAGUAAGCAGUGUUUAGUUGGUUAGACUGCAAUUUUUACUAGAUGCUUAAUAUGCUUUUUAUAAAUACUACUUAGUGGAAAAUGUGAUGGAAGCUGGGCAGCUUCCCAGUGUACCUGACAGAUUGCAUUGCAUAUUAAACACACUGUAUCCAAUUUCAAAUGAAAACCUUCAAUAACAUCUGAAGGUCAUAUGCAACAUGGAAGACUUGCAGAGAAUUACACCAUGUGACAAACGGCAUACACAAAUGUGAAAUUGAUUUUCAUAGGAGACAACUGCGUCUCGAUUUAAUACAAAGCAAAUUAUUACAUUACUUGGGAACAGCUUAUAAAAAUAACAUUUUUUAAGAAUUAAAUUCAGGUUAACUAUAUAAAGUGUAUCCCUUUAGAUUAUGUGUCAUAUCCAAUAAGUCUGGAAUGAGUAUCUGUUUACUGUAUAUCCAUACCAAGUUGAUUCUGCCUGUAAAAUGGAACUUACAUGGUUAUAUUUUUGCAUUAGUCCUUCAUUCUGCAUUCUGCUUUUUCAAACCUGACCUGGUACUUUUCAGAUAUCAGUAAUGUUAGUAAGUCACUGUUAGGAGGCUGCUGGGGGAAGGGGAAAGACAAACCAUUCAUUUUAAAUCUCUGUCUGAUCCGAACAUUAAGAGUGUAGUCCUUUAGGAAUGUUACUGCCGGAACUCAAGCUGGAAUUCUUUGAUCUUGUCAGAACUUAAUAUUCUAGCAGGUUCUUUACUGUCAAUUGUAUUAGUUUUCUAGGGGAAAAGACAUAUACACAUUUCAGAAAGGGGCAGUUUAAUAUAGAGCUAUUUUGAAGGUAUGCAUUUUGGUUUUAAUUAAAAGAACUAGAAACAAAGCCUUAAUAUGUAUAUGAUGCUGGAUUAUGGACCAGAAAAGUAAAAACAUCUAUAUAUGUAAAGCCAUAGAUAUUAAUGUUAAGCUAAAUAGUCUUACAUCAUUAACUAUUUUAACUGAUUGGUUGAACAUGUUUUACUUAACGUAUGCAUUAUGUAUAAAACACAUCCAUUGGACAUGGGAUUAACUGCCAUAUGCAGAAGAGGGAAAAGUUUGAACUAAAAUCUUGAAAAUAAUAAAACUGAGUUGAUGUAUUUUUGAAAGGUCUUGAAGUAGCACUAAAUGCAUUCUCAAUUUUAAUAUGGAUCCUGGCAUGAAUUAGAACUAACUGUACCAUAUUAUAUUAAAAUUGAUUAAUAUUCCAGUUGGAGA